UGACAGCUGUCAAAGUUGUUCGACUGAUGUGGCGCUUCGCGGUCAACAAGUUUUUGGAGAAAAAUUAGAUUUUCGCCGGUGCUGUUGAUAAUUAAUAAUCAGUAAAAAUGAGUUUGGAAAUUGAAUCAAUGGUGCGAUAUGCCUCACCUAUCAACCCGGCCGUGUUUCCACAUCUUACGUUGUUGUUAUUGGGAAUCGGUAUAUUCUUCACUGCGUGGUUCUUCGUUUAUGAAGUAACAAGCACAAAAUUAACCAGGGAUUUGUUCAAAGAACUUCUGCUAUCUCUAGUUGCAGCACUGUUUUCUGGAUUCGGCAUAUUGUUUUUGUUAUUGUGGGUCGGCAUUUAUGUAUAGAACUAUAGUGUGUAAGUAAUAUUUACCAUUCCUAUGUUUAAUUUAUAUAAAUAUCUUAUAUACUAAA